UAAACGCUCUAUUGAUCACAACAAGCCGGAGAAGCACUGACCGCAGCAGCAAUUGAGUGAAGUCAUAUGAAUCCACCGCUAAGCGGAGGCGGGAAUGUCAAGAGGCUCGUGCCAUGAACGUGUCAUCAUCAUCAUUCAAAAAGAUUACAGACACGAGCGAGUGUCUAAACUGAGCGAGUAGAGUGGCAGCAGCACACACAGAUCCCGAGACUUCCUUCAGCAUGUCGGAGCGUGGAGGUCUUCAGCAGCAGCAGCAGCUCCAGCGAGCGGGAGCUCCGUCUCCACACCUGCAGCAUCUCAGGACGGUCACGAUUUCUUCGGGUCGCCCGGUUCAGAUGAACCUGUUCGCGACAUGGGAGAUUGACAGCUCCUCUCCCAGCUGUGUGCCCAGACUUCUCAGUCUAACUCUUAAAAAAUUAGUGAUUUUGAAGGAGCUGGACAGGGAUCUCACAUCGGUGGUCAUUGCAGUUAAACUUCAGGGCUCAAAACGCAUUUUGCGGUCAAAUGAAAUCAUGCUAUCCUCUGCUGGCCUUACAGAGACUGAUCUUCAGCUGACCUUCUCUCUUCAGUACCCACACUUUUUGAAGAGAGAUGCCAACAAGCUUCAGAUUAUGCUCCAGAGACGCAAGAGGUACAAGAAUCGCACUAUACUGGGCUAUAAGACCCUCGCACUAGGACUGAUAAAUAUGGCUGAGGUGAUGCAGCACCCUACAGAAGGUGCUCAGGUGUUGUGCUUGCACACGACGGUGAAGGACACACCGGUGCCCGUUGCUGAGAUCAGGGUCUAUUCUCUCUCCAGUCAGCCCAUCGACCCAGAGGGACCAAAGUCCAAGCUAUCCGAUCGUUCACCAGACAUUGAUAAUUACUCUGAGGAGGAGGAGGAAAGCUAUUCGUCAGAGCAGGACGGCAGUGAUGAUCCUCUACAGGGGCAGUACCUCUACGAUGACGAGGAUGAACUGAGGAAAAAGAAACCUCGUCGUAAACUCCCCUCCACAGCCUCCAUCACCAGAGCUAACGUAAGUGACCAACCCAACAUCAAACAGAAGCUUAUGGCAUUGGUGAAAUGGUUCAAAGUGUCUGAUGAGGUGGGGUUCGGUUUGGAUCAUGUGUCCCAAGAGCAGAUCCGGGAUGUGGAAGAGGACCUGGAUGAGCUCUAUGACAGUCUUGAAAUGUACAACCCCAGUGACAGCGGCCCAGACAUGGAGGAGACGGACAGUAUUAUCAGCACCCCCAAACCCAAACUCCGGCCAUUUUUUGAAGGCAUGUCACAGUCCAGCUCUCAGACGGAGUUUGGUAGCUUGAAUAGUAGGUGCAGCCGCAGCAAAGACAAGCUGAGUCCUAGGAGUGAGCAGACUAUAACUGGUAAAAUCCAGCGUUCCCCCAGUGCGCAGCUGGAUGAGGCUUUCUCAGAAAUGGACACGCUGGAACUCAAUGAAGUGGAGGUGAUAGCAGACGGGACACCUAGCAUCACUUUAUCAGUGGCGGAGAGGCCCCGGACCCCACAGAGGAGCAAUAGCACUAACAUGCCAUCUCCUAGCUGUGACAUUAUCUCCAGGCUGGAUGGCAAUCAUACCCCUAAACAGCGGCGAGGGACCCCUAUGAAAGAGAGACAGCUGUCCAAACCACUCAGCGAACGCACCAACAGCUCAGACAGUGAGAGAUCACCCGAGCUCAGCCUCACCCCUCAGAUGCCGAGGAAGAUAGUAUAUGACCAGCUCAACCAGAUUCUGCUGUCUGACAGCACCCUUCCUGACAGCCUUAUCUUGGUGAACGGCAGCGAUUGGCAAGGACACUAUGUGGCUGAGCUGCUGCAGGCCCAGAAGCUGCCGGUGGUCUGCACCUGCUCAGGAUCAGAAAUCCAGGCCGUCCUUUCAGCCCUACUCACACGCAUACAGAAAUUCUGCAACUGUAACUCCAUCAUGCCCAAACCGGUGAAGGUUGUGGCGGUUGGAGGUCAAAGCUAUUUAGGAGCCGUCUUGAGAUUCUUUGUCUCUCAGCUCGCCAACAAGAUGUCUGACUGGCUCAGCCACAUGAAGUUCCUUGUGGUGCCUUUAGGCUCUCACCCCGUGGCCAAACACCUGGGUUCUCUGGAUAAUCGCUACAGUUCUUCCUUCCUGGACAGCUCAUGGAGAGAGUUUUUCAGUCGCCCAGAGCCUCCCCAAACUGCUUCUUCCUCUGCUGACUUUGUGGAUGUGACUGGACGAAUUCUACAAUACAUUAACGGAUCUGCAGUUACUCAUCAGCUCCCCAUUGCUGAGGCCAUGCUGACCUGCAAACAAAAGAUGCAAGAUGAAGAUUCCUACCAAAAUUUUGUUCCUUUUGUGGGUUUGGUUAAGGUAGAGCGAUUGGUAGAGCGCAGCCCAGGAUCUUCAGGUGGAGAUUGUGAAGAAGGUUUAGCUUUGAGCUUGGCAGUUCCCUCGACGUCUCCACCUGCUCAUGUAUCUCCCACUGGGAUGAUGAAAGAUUCUGCAACACCUCCUCCAUCACCCUCACUAAGCGGUGGACUGGCUGCUCUAGGGAGCCCCAGCAUGUCUCAUGGCGUGGAUGCGAUUGGGCUGCAGGUGGAUUACUGGGUGUCUGCCGGGGUUGAGAAGCGCAAAGACGGAGAGCAGAGAGACAGUAAGAAGACUUUGAGGUGUGCGUUCAGAUCCUUGCAGGUUAGCCGACUGCCCGGUUUCGGCAACAUUGAGCUCCAGACUGGCUCUAACACCAUGUCCAUGACUGUGGUGACCAAGGAGAAGAACAAGAAAGUCCCAACCAUCUUCCUAGGGAAGAAGCCAAAAGAGAGAGACACAGAGUCAAAGAGUCAGAUCAUUGAAGGCAUCACCAGACUCAUCUGUUCUGCCAAGAAUCAACAAACCAGUCUAAGAGUGUCUGUAGAUGGGAUGGAGUGGAAUGAUGUGAAGUUCUUCCAGCUGGCGUCUCAGUGGCCCACUCAUGUGAAGUACAUUCCUGUGGGGCUGUUUGGGUACAACAAACCAUCUUCCUAGUGACCUCUGGCUUGGGAAAUAACAUGGUAAAGUUUGCUGACCCUGCUUGUUUUAGCCUUCAGAUGGAAUAGAGGGCUAAUUGUUCAUGAGUGGUCAGGCUUCCUGUACACGAGAGAUACUUGAGCCAUAGUGGGAGCUCUUGAAAUUCUCAUCGCUGAUCAGUGGGUUUAUUUGAUCUUGUUUUGACCUAUAGAGGGCCAGAGCAGACAGAAAAAGGCUUGAGGAUGGAUCAUAAGUGGGUUGAGAUAUUAUUUAUGAACCUUUUCUAACAGUGUUUUGUCUGCUGUGCGAUUCAUGACACAAUAAUAUCCCAAUAUUGUAUUGAGUUUAUAUGUAAAUGGUACUUGAUGUUAGUGAUUUAAAGUCCUCAACCUUUUAUUGUACAACUUU